UUUCCACAGCACACAACUAUUCUCUAAUAUCCUCCAUUCAUUUUUCUGAUUUCCUCAAUUCAUAGCCUAGCCAGAGGAAGAAGAUCAAAGAGAAAUCAAAAUGGCCUUGCAAGUGCAGGCCUCCCUUUACACUACAAGAUUAUCACCUACUGCCACUCCUACCCUCCUCCGUCCACUCUCCAAUCCAUCUACUCUCAAGACAUCUUUCUUCUCUCGUUCCCUUAACCUUUUACUUCAUCCUAAUCAACUACAACUUGCUUAUGGACCUCCCAGGUUUACCAUGCGUGUAGCUUCCAAACAAGCUUAUAUCUGUCGUGACUGCGGGUAUAUUUACAAUGAGAGGACCGCCUUUGAUAAAUUGCCUGAUAAAUAUUUCUGUCCUGUUUGUGGUGCUCCCAAACGAAGGUUUAAGCCCUAUGCAACAGAUGUCAACAAAAAAGCUAAUGAAACAGAUGUUAGAAAGGCAAGAAAAGCUGAACUCCAAAGAGAUGAAGCAGUUGGGAAAGCACUUCCUAUUGCAGUUGCCGUGGGAGUUGUAGUUCUUGCAGGAUUAUACUUCUAUCUCAACAGCACAUUUUAGCUGAAUGUUUGAUACAUUAUGUUUUACAUCAUAAAAUCAGACCUUUAAUGUAUUCAUGUUCUUUUGUUUAUUUGGUUCGUCAACACUUUUACACCUUUAGUUUCAUCUGUUCAAUUUCCAAUAGCUUGCAACAAGAAUGUUGUCAUAAGUUAAACAGAAAAUAAAGCAUGGAUAUAGAAAAGUAAGUUAAAAUUUUCAUUUGCCA